AUGGCAAACAUGCGCAGGGGUCAGCGUGGCCCUCCCAAUCCAACGCUAAACGACCUACCACCAGUGGCGACCAGCCAGCGCCUAACUCGAAGCAGUGCUACAUGCGCACGGUUGAAGUUGGAACAGUGCGAGGUUGAGUCACCGAUUCCGCUGGUGUGCUUGCCCCUGAGUGUCGCACCACCACUCAAUGCAUUCGACGAACGAGCUGAACAAGAAGUUUGUGCAAGUAUCAUUACUGCUGCCAGACUCGGUUCGAGUUGCAGAUUUGCUAAUCUACGAUGCGCCGCUUCUGACCCGCCACAGCCCUCCUCGUCUGUGAAGCCAAUCUCAUCGAGCCCUCCUUCACCUGCGCGUUCAGACACGUCGUUGGAUUCGUCGUUGGAUUCGUUGUUGUGGAGAUCGCAGUACUCUGACCUCCCCUCAUUCCCAAGUCAUAACGCACCCCCUCACAACCGAGCCUACGAUCGUAUGAUCGAGAGGCUUCUGUUACCCGAGCUGAAUGAAGACGUCGAUUGCGCCUUCAUCAAGUAUGAGGUCAUCCAACGCAUCGUGAUGUGCAGCACGUCCGGCUUGGUGCACUCGGCGUUUGGGAUUGAGCCAACCGAAUUCAGUGAACAGGCGCAAGAAGCUCUCGCUCAAGUUGGCCGAUCAGCGCUUCGAGCCAUGUUCGACGUGGACUGCAGGCGACCGAUCGAGCAAAGGAUGGCAGACUGGGUCUCACCACUUGCGCAAUUUGUGAGUGCCAUGUCUCCAGAAUUGGUCAUUCCAGAGGUCGUAUGUGAGGACGCUGAUUCAAAGAAUUCGGUUCGCGACUCAAUGUCGGCACAGGCAUCCGGUGCGCGUGGUCGGCAGCCACAUCUGACGCUCGCACAUGCAAAACGGUGUGCUCGAUUAUCCAACCUAUGCAACCGAGGCCGCCCUGAUCUGAUCGAACACCACCAUUUUUUGACGUGCUGCAACGGGCUGACCUCGGCGAAGGGGGGAUCGAUCGCGCGGGCUACGCUCGUGCCGUUGGCUUUUGGAGCCUGUGACUCGGAAGAUGAUUUGCGUGAAACCCCAUACCCUCUCGUCAAUGUCGUGCUCGACCUGGCACAGGAUGUGCUCACGCAACCGGCACGCAUGUACGCGCCUGGCUUCGCCAUCCAUGAUGAUGGCACAGCCUACCUCGUCGUCCUCGAUCAUGAGGGGUGCCGGAUCGCCAUCAUCUCGGACUGCUGGGGCGAGGGCUUUGGCGAGCUCGCUUCGGUGCUUUCCGUUUUACUCGGGCUGGACGUCUACUCGGCCGGAUUGUCACCUCUCUUUCGCUAUGCAUGCGACCUCGAGACCGGCAUUGCCCCCUUCGCAUUGUGUACCAGAUUUCUUCGACUGUCCGAGCUCGAAGCAGACGCCCCCCUGGUCGGUCGCACCGUCGAGUUCAUCGCCGAGGAACCCGUCAGGCUCGUUGACUCCACAGUCGCCAACGGCAGCACCGUCUUUGGGCGGUCUACGCUCAUAUUUCAGCUCACGCGCCCGAGCUUGGUAGCUUGCUCCCCAGCCUUAUCGACGGACUAUCUGGAGCCCUCGUUCGUGGUCAAAAUCCAGCUCACGACGCAGAACUUUGUCGGACACGAAGCGGAUGUGCUGAACAGGAUCGUCGAGCGCUGCGCAGCCGAGGCUCCGUCGGCAUCGGCGCAGCUCAUCGAAAGAUAUGUCGCGCUCCCCGAGAAGGCCAAGUCACUCGGUCGUCAUCGAUCGCAAAUGGAGGAGAGCGCCUUGCCCAUGCUCCUGGUAUCGGAAGACUUUAAACGACAACUGCGACACUCGCGUCGGCGCACACUCGAUGUGGUCGUCCUGCGCAAUCCUACUCCUUUACCUACAACCCUCGACGAUGCCCGCGAUGAGCAACGCACACUCUUCCAGUUUUGCCAAGUUUUCGACCAGCUUCUCACCCUUCUGCCUGCGCUCUUCAAUCUCGGCAUCCACCAUCGCGAUUUGUCGAUCGGCAACAUCCUCCAACACCAAGGACACCUUGUUCUGGUCGACUGGGAGACAGGCAUCGUUGCCCAGCCGGGUGAACAGGUUCCUGUUGCUGCCGAAGACGCCGGUUCGAUCCGAUUCACGCGCGCGACCGUAUCCUGGGAGGUUCGCUUCUGGCUCAUGCUGGGUGCGCAGUUCAGCAAGCUCCCUUCGCAUGCCCUGCACCACGACUUCGAGUCAGCGGUCUAUUGGUUCUUGUUCGUUCUGGACGAGUUCGUCGGCAACUGCUUUUCUGCCGACUUAUGGAUAGACCUGGAACUUCGCCCCCGUGGCCGCGAUCGACGGCGGCGUCUGGUGCUUCCGAUGGAUCUCGCCCGCACGGAGCUAUGGGGAGACGGCAAGUGCCCCAAGUUGCGCAAAGCGUUCCUUGAAGAUUUUGAAAAGCUCGGCCCGGAGAUGCACGGCUUUGUGGACCGUAUGAUGUGCACCCUUCCGAUCGAUCUUGGUUCUCCAGGUGCAAGCGAGGCCGAGGUUGCGGUCGCAAACAAGCAAAAGAUGGCCGCGGUCCAGGCGGAAUUGCGGGAGAUACUGGAAGUGGUGUCUCGUCGUAAAGGAGAAUUCCGCCACUUCCAACAGACUCCGCGCGCGUUUGCCUUUCCCGCGUUCCCAUCACCACGCUUCUCGCGUCGCGCUGUGCCCAAUUCACUGUCGUCUCCUUCGCUAUGGUCUCGACUCCUCGACUCUCGCUCUCGAGCUCGACCGUCUGCUUUUGCUACAUUCGGUAAAUCGAGCACCGCCCACUCAAGCGCCGCCUCCCCCGACCAAGCUCCCCAGUUUCACGGCUUGCUCCUCUCUUUACUUUCUGCAACUCGAUUCUCGUAA